AUGAAUUCUCCAAGAUCACCACAAACUCCUCUUAGUUGUGAAUUGAAGAAAAUUAUAAACGAUAGAAAUAUUUUAAGUAUGCGUAGUCGUAUGAAAGAAAAAGAAAAAAAUUUAAGAUUCCAAGCUAUUCAGGAAAUUUUAACGACAGAAGUUACAUAUUUACGGCAAUUAGAAAUCUUAAUGGAGUAUUUUAUACAACCUAUGUUUGAAAAAAAAUUAUUAAAUCAUAAUUUACUUUCAACAUUAUCUGAAAACAUAAAAACAUUAUAUAAUGUUAGUGGAGAAUUAAUACAAGAACUAAAAGAAGAUCCACAAAAUAUUGCAGAUAAUAAACAAGAAAAUGACAAUGAGUUCAAGAAUUUUAUUAAUAAACAAGAAACAAGACCAGAAGUUGGCAGGAAAUUACCUUCAUUAUUAAUUACACCAAUACAAAGGGUACCUAGAUAUAAACUACUCUUGAGAGAAGUCUUAUAUAAUAAAUUGAUUGUUUUCAUAGUAUGUUUAGUAGAAGUUGAAAAAGCUGCAAGACAUAUAAAUACCUUUAUUGAACAAUAUGAAGAAACACAAAAAUUACUAAAACUUCAAAAAUGUAUUAUGAACCCAAUUAAUUUGGUAAAACCUGGUGAUCCAGAAAAUUCUUUGACCGUGUGUUGUGUUUUACCAUUAAAUAAAUGUAAAAUUGAAUCAGUUUUGAGUGGUGGAUUAUUUCGUGUUAUUUGUUUAAAUGAGACACUCUUAUUAUAUUCUGAGAAAAAUGAUAGUAAUUUAUGGAUAGAAGCGAUACAAAGUUCCAUAAAGAAGUAUGCAGAAUGUAGACAAACAUUAAGAAAAGAUAGCAGUUCAAGAAAACCAUUAAGGCAUAACAACCUUAAUUUAUUUCCAUCUGAAAAUAUACCUAUAGUUGCUGGUAAAAGAAAAAGAUCAAACAUAGAAACUGAGAUUAACUUAGAUCAUUCACAAAUUAUGUAUUUGAAAAAGGACAAUGAAGCAGAUCCAGAUAUACAAUCAAAUAAUAGUUGUUUGAAAAUUACAGAUAAAGAUAUACAUCUUAAAGAACCCAGUAUAUCAUGUUUAUCUUCUAUUCAUGCAAAUUAUAAACAAGAAUCAUCAACUCUUAAAUCUAUUAGUGAAUUUUUUAUAUCUAUUGGUUCAUCUAUAAAAGAAUUCUUUAAGUUUAAUUCUCUAAGAUGA